CCAACUGACAGAAUUCCGUGGCUCCUCCUUCUCGACGAGAUUAUCCCAUCGCGGUGUAUCACGUCUGGCUACCCACCCUUCUGCAAAACAGCAGUACGUUUUCCCUUUUCCAACCGGAGCUUCAAGCGCAGGACUAGCUAAACAUCCCGAACACAGACAGCCAUGGCAGAAAACGCCGACUUGGAUAACCACCGAAUUAAGAGCUUCAAAAACAAGGGGCGCGAUGUCGAGGUGAGAAUCUAGCUAGGCUAACGUUAGCUGGCUGGCUAACUAGCCGUUAGCAACGAGUGCUAGCGAACACUCGGGGUUACCUAGCUCCCUAUUCGGUUUGGUUGCUGCAGUAUUCAUCGGCUGUCCUUGUUGAAGUUGUCUUUUUCUAUAAAGUGUCGCCGAUUAUGACAAAAUACCAUCCACAUACACUAACUAGCUAAAGUUUAUCAUGCGGAGCGGGCGCGGCCUUUCGCAUGAAGGCCUGCUAGCUAGCCAGAAAAGUUGCUAACUCUGUGCUAACUAGCAGCUAGUUAGGUUGUGAGUAUUUUUUUUGUGUGGAAAUUAACUAGUUUGGCACUAACUAAAUGAAAGUAAUAGUUAUAAUUGGUAAAAGGCACCAGCCAACUAACUACCUUGAUGUUCAUGGGCAUGGCAUUUGAUAUUUCGAGUUGGCAAGUCAGUCACUGUAACUGAGAUAGAUACGCUUACCAGUUAACCAAACCAACUAACCAUAGUUAGUUGUAUGUGUCAAAAUGGGUGGAUGAUGCACAUUAACUGUUACCCAACAACUAGCACAACUCAAUUUCCACGGCUGCAACAGUUGAGAUUCGGCGUUAUUAAUCAGUUGAUGAUAAUAAUAUACCCAGAUAACUAGUUAGUUAACUACCUACGUGAAUAAACAUAGCUUACAAUUAAUUAUCCCAGUGACCGCAGGGUGGGUGUUUUAACAGACAAACAGUGAGUCAGAGCAGAUGUACCAUAAAAACACCAUAGCACAUCUGGAACUAAAGCUAAUGAUGCUACUGUCACCAUGCUGAUACAUUAAACCUCGUAUGAUUAGGGCCGCACAUUUCAUUCAUAGGGACAUGCCAUGCCAUUUCCCUUGUUUCUGUAUUUGCCACACCUCCUUAACAUAAAUGUUAAUAACAUGUUAAGAGUAUCCCUAUCCCAUAUUAUUAUGUAUUAGAAACACAGUGGUCUCGGACGGAAGGCAUGCUGGUUUCAUGUCCAUCUGGUAUGUGCUAUAUUGAGCGGAGAGGAAACAGAAGUGCGACAUGGUUGUUUUGGGGCCCAGUGCCAGUGUGACUUGCACAUGUCUGACGACCCACCAGCCCCACUGACAAGCUUGCAGCAGCUAAGCCAAGAAUGCUAGAUGGAUCACUUGCUGUCAGAAACGAAAGGCCGUGUCCAGAUACAGACCCUAUCCUUUAGGCACUGAAACCUAUCCAGUCCUAUCUGAUCUCACCCUGCUCCUAUGGGGCUGAAUUCUACUGCAUGAGAGAGGACACAUACACACAGCAUCUUCAAUGAGAUUUAGGCUGUUUACAGACUUCAAGGAAUGUUAAAAGCUGUAGGUUACAGAAAAUUAAUUCCUUUCACAAGUUCUGACCUACGCCACCACAGAGGGCCACAGUGACUGCUGUGUAUGAUGUUGUUACAAUACAAUAAUAUUCCCAACAUAUAACAGGAUACUCCACAAUAAACAUUGGCUAUGCAGAAUAAGUAGUAUUCAAAUGUAAAAAAAGGUUGAAGACCUCUGGUGUGUUGUCCAUGAGCUGAUGCAGCCUUCCCUCUCACAGGAAGUCUCCCUCUUGUCCCAGCAUGGAAUGAGUGUCCCAGAGAAAUGCCUGGCAUUCCAUACAUUUGAUCGAUCGUUGUUGAGUUUCAGAGGUCUCUGACUUCCUCCUCCCAGCUCGCCAGCUGAGCCACUCUCAGGCAUUCUCUCAUGGCUGAUUCACUAUCCUCCCUAAACACAGUUCCCGCAAAAGAUAGUGUCGACAAAACUUUGUUUUCCGUCUUCAGUAGAUAGUGUUUCAAACACAUACGGAACCACAUCAGAUUUUUGAUGCGACCUCGAGCUAGGGUGUCAGAUCAGGGGCAGCGUCUUGCCAGCAGCAGCAGGUCACACCUUUGAGUCGGUGGAUAAACACAAACAUAAUCAUUGCUUUCAUGAGGGAGGUUACACAGUAUUAGUAAUAUGAACCAGGAUACCCUGACUGGCAGUCAAGUUAACAUGAUCCUCUGCCGCCUGUUGCCAACAUGCAGCAGUACACUUGUAUUCUAAAGCCCAGUCUGUAAACAAAAUGGAGCCAGUCCCAAAUGACAAACAUUGCAUGUGGUUUGUUUGAGUGUGUAUGGGUUGUCUUUUUAAUGAUCCAGGAAGUAGGCUAAUCUCUGACUGUGUUCUCCUCUCUCUCUUACAGACUAUGCGAAGACAUCGCAAUGAAGUGACAGUGGAGCUGAGAAAGGUGAGUAGAGCAUCUCAGUUGACUGUUUAUAGUUCAGUCGCAUUCAAUGGACUAACCCAUUAGCCUAUUUCUGCUGCUCCUCACACUGAAAUGAGAAAGGCUAAAUCUCCACGCUAGCCUCAGAGUGUCACCCUUCACCUCUCCCACCCUACCACACCCCUCUGGUCCUGGCCCACUCCACAGAUGCCAUUCCAGCGCUGCCGUGUAUGUCAUGCGCCUCUUAUCUUGGUAUGCAUCAGCAUGGCACAACACACACACUCACUCACUGUCAUUUUAAUUGAUACAUGCAAGCCCUUUUCCCAGCCUGUUGAGUCUUUCUGGGACUUGGAUGUUAGGUGGAAGCAGGAUUAUAGAAUUAUUUCAUCUUUAUUUUGACGGGGAAAUGUUUCAGUCUCUGUUUAUCAAAUUGGCCGAGACAGAGCAGCCUGUCCAUCCCCUGCCCCAUAUGGGCUGUUCUGUCUGCGGAGUCAUUUUGUUUCUAAAUAGGAGUGUGUGUGUGUUAGGAAACAACCCCCCCUCUUAAGCUCAGGUUGUUGUUGAAGAGUCAGGAUGCCUUGGCUGUAUUUAGGUCACCCCCCUCUCUCGCUCUCCUACCCUGUCAGAGAGGCCUGGCUGGUCUUACCCCUCAGCCUUGGGGAGGGUUUCCCUCUCCUACCCUGUCAGAGAGGCCUGGCUGGUCUUACCCCUCAGCCUUGGGGAGGGUUUCCCUCUCCCACCCUGUCAGAGAGGCCUGGCUGGUCUUACCCCUCAGCCUUGGGGAGGGUUUCCCUCUCCCACCCUGUCAGAGAGGCCUGGCUGGUCUUACCCCUCAGCCUUGGGGAGGGUUUCCCUCUCCUGGCCUGCGGAAGCAGAGAGCUCUGGCCAGGGGCCAGCAAGUAGGUUCAUCAGACACACUGGCUUGUUUUGGACGUAUGACUCUAUAGCAGCUGCUCUGGGUAGAACCAUAACUAUUCCUCUGGACGUAUGACUCUAUAGCAGCUGCUCUGGGUAGAACCAUAACUAUUCCUCUGGACGUAUGACUGUAUAGCAGCUGCUCUGGGUAGAACCAUAACUAUUCCUCUGGACGUAUGACUGUAUAGCAGCUGCUCUGGGUAGAACCAUAACUAUUCCUCUGGACGUAUGACUCUAUAGCAGCUGCUCUGGGUAGAACCAUAACUAUUCCUCUGGACGUAUGACUCUAUGGCAGCUGCUCUGGGUAGAACCAUAACUAUUCCUCUGGACGUAUGACUCUAUAGCAGCUGCUCUGGGUAGAACCAUAACUAUUCCUCUGGACGUAUGACUCUAUAGCAGCUGCUCUGGGUAGAACCAUAACUAUUCCUCUGGACGUAUGACUCUAUAGCAGCUGCUCUGGGUAGAACCAUAACUAUUAGAGGGGAUGGUGCCAAACUGAACUUAGAUCAGCAUCUGGGAGGGGGGGGGACGGGGGGGGGGGGGGACUUCAUUCCACUGGAAUAUGACUGAGCUAGAGCUGAGAUGAUAAAGUGAAAAUGAUUGACACCGACCAUACCGAUCACUUAUUGCAGGCAUUUAGCUGAUAUCGUUCAUUACGAUAAGAAGCCUGUACUAGAGAAAUGUGAAGUUUGAAAUGAAAUACAUUUGCUAAAAUGGGUGAUUGGUAAUGGGGCAAUUGAUGGCUACAACCAUCAUACUAGUAGUUUAAAGGAUACUUUUAAACUGUGUUGCACAUCAAUGUUCGAAACUCUAUCACAUAAAUUCAGACAAUUUAUCUUUGUUCAUAUCUCCCAGCUCUACUCUGAGCCCUUGGUUUUUGCACUAUGUUGUCCCAACAUGCCCUCUCAAUGAGGCUUGCAGAAGUGUUUCAGGAAGUGUGAGCUGACCAGCGGUUUUGUAAAAACAUAGAGUAGGCUUGUAUGAUUUGACAAGACAGUAUUUUUGGUGUGAGAGAACUUCUGUUUUUGCUACUAAAUAACCAUGGCCUACCCCUAUAGAAAAGGAAACCUGCAGGUAGCUUAGUGGUUAAGAGCGUUGUGCCAGUAACCGAAAGGUCGCUGGUUCUAAUCCCUGAGCCGACUAGGUGAAAAAUCUGUCUGUGCCCUUGAGCAAGGCACUUAACCCUAAUUGCUCCUGUAAGUUGCUCUGGAUAAGAGCGUCUGCUAAAUUACGUAAAUGAAACCACCAAUGUAGGUUGAGUGACACAGCAGUUCUCUCACAUAGCUGUAUGUGUGCUGCAGAAGGGAACAGUCUGUGCAGAGAUGGAUGCAUUCCUCCGUCAUGCUCUCUGCCACUAACGUCACUGGGAGGUUAUGGGAGCAGUCUUAGGCUUUAGGAGUAAAGCAGGGAAUCUAUUCCCUGACUGUGUGGGUGAAUGUUUCCAAUAGCAUUCACUUCUAUAUUCCUUAUAGGAUUCAACCAAUAUUUUUGUUUGUUUUUAUUUCUCCCCAGAAUAAACGAGAUGAGCACCUUCUGAAGAAGAGGAACGUUCCACAGGAGGAGAGCCUGGAAGACUCAGACGUAGACUCUGACUUCAAAGGGGUCAGUCAGUCCUCAUUGUUUAACUACAACUUCAAGUUCAGGAAUGACAGGAAUAUGUUUCUUAGCUCUAACCUUGCUACAGUGAGGGGAAAAAGUAUUUGAUCCCCUGCUGAUUUUGUACGUUUGCCCACUGACAAAGAAAUGAUCAGUCUAUAAUUUUAAUGGUAGGUUUAUUUUAACAGUGAGAGACAGAAUAACAACAAAAAAAUCCAGGAAAACGCAUGUCAAAAAUGUUAUCAAUUGAUUUGCAUUUUAAUGAGGGAAAUAAGUAUUUGACCCCCUCUCAAUCAGAAAGAUUUGUGAUUAGGAGUGCUCCUAAUCUCAGCUUGUUACCUGUAUAAAAGACACCUGUCCACAGAAGCAAUCAAUCAGAUUCUAAACUCUCCACCAUGGCCAAGACCAAAGAGCUCUCCAAGGAUGUCAGGGACAAGAUUGUAGACCUACACAAGGCUGGAAUGGGCUACAAGACCAUCGCCAAGCAGCUUGGUGAGAAGGUGACAACAGUUGGUGCGAUUAUUCGCAAAUGGAAGAAACACAAAAUAACUGUCAAUCUCCCUCGGCCUGGGGCUCCAUGCAAGAUCUCACCUCGUGGAGUUGCAAUGAUCAUGAGAACGGUGAGGAAUCAGCCCAGAACUACACGGAGGAUCUUGUCAAUGAUCUCAAGGCAGCUGGGACCAUAGUCACCAGGAAAACAAUUGGUAACACACUACGCCGUGAAGGACUGAAAUCCUGCAGCGCCCGCAAGGUCCCCCUGCUCAAGAAAGCACAUAUACAGGCCCGUCUGAAGUUUGCCAAUGAACAUCUGAAUGAUUCAGAGGAGAACUGGGUGAAGGUGUUGUGGUCAGAUGAGACCAAAAUCGAGCUCUUUGGCAUCCACUCAACUCGCCGUGUUUGGAGGAGGAGGAAUGCUGCCUAUGACCCCAAGAACACCAUCCCCACCGUCAAACAUGGAGGUGGAAACAAUAUGCUUUGGGGGUGUUUUUCUGCUAAGGGGACAGGACAACUUCACCGCAUCAAAGGGACGAUGGACGGGUCCAUGUACCGUCAAAUCUUGGGUGUGAACCUCCUUCCCUCAGCCAGGGCAUUGAAAAUGGGUCGUGGAUGGGUAUUCCAGCAUGACAAUGACCCAAAACACACGGCCAAGGCAACAAAGGAGUGGCUCAAGAAGAAGCACAUUAAGGUCCUGGAGUGGCCUAGCCAGUCUCCAGACCUUAUUCCCAUAGAAAAUCUGUGGAGGGAGCUGAAGGUUCGAGUUGCCAAACGUCAGCCUCAACCUUAAUGACUUGGAGAAGAUCUGCAAAGAGGAGUGGGACAAAAUCCCUCCUGAGAUGUGUGCAAACCUGGUGGCCAACUACAAGAAACGUCUGACUUCUGUGAUUGCCAACAAGGGUUUUGCCACCAAGUACUAAGUCAUGUUUUGCAGAGGGGUCAAAUACUUAUUUCCCUCAUUAAAAUGCAAAUCAAUUAAUUUUGUUGUUGUUAUUCUGUCUCUCACUGUUCAAAUAAACCUACCAUUAAAAUGAUAGACUGAUCAUGUCUUUGUCAGUGGGCAAACGUACAAAAUCAGCAGGGGAUCAAAUACUUCUUUCCCUCACUGUACAUGAUGUAAACUCAUAGCUACAGCAAAUCUCACCUAACUCUUGUUUUUUGUUUUGCAGCAAAAUGUAACACUAGAAGCCAUCUUACAGGUAAACCUACAUUCUGUCAGGGUUGUUGGGGACCACUUUAGUUUGUUGAGAUCCACCCCGUACAUACAUCUUGAGAUGUUGGAGCUGACCUCAUGUUUUCGCUCUCCUUCCUGUCAAGAAUGCUGUCAGUGACAACGGACUCAUCCAGCUCAGUGCCGUGCAGGCAGCUAGAAAACUCCUGUCCAGUGACAGAAACCCCCCCAUCGACGACUUGAUUAAGUCCGGCAUCUUGCCCAUCCUGGUCAAAUGCCUGGAGAGGGACGACAAGUAAGUCUUCUUUAUGGGGGGGAGGGGAGGGGAGAGACGGUAUGGGUUUUGGGGCACCUUUGCCCUGGAAGACUAAUUGAUAGAUGAGGGCAGUAAAUUGCCCCUGUGGUAUUACUGUGAUGCCCCCGUUCUAAAGUCAGAGAGGGCGAAAAGAGAGAAGGCGGUGAAAACUGGAGCGUGAGUGAAUGAGUGGGUGGACUAGCCCUGUAUGUGUCAGAAUGCUCUCUCUCUUUCCAUUCUCUCUGUCAUGCUCUGGGGCUACUGGUGUACCCUCCCCUCUCCUCCGCAUGGCUGGGCUACUGUGAACACUAUUAGACACACACACAGACGGAUAGGAGGGAACGUGUGUGUUCCGCUCUGCUGCACUAGCGCUGCCCCACAGCUGACAGCUCUCUCUGUUCAGUGGUGGGGGUGGGGAGCGAUUAGGGGGAACUCCCCUGGACAGGGACUGGUGGAUGGGCGGGGGAUGAGAGGGUGGUGGGGGCAGGGGCUUGAUGUGCAGGGGUGGGGUGUCAGGCGUGGACAGGCACAGGGCUGCUGGUGACAUGGGGGGAUGUAUUUGUUGUGUAGACAGAGGAGGGUGAUGGAGGGGAUUGCACUGCAGAGGCAGGAGCGUGCGUCGAUGCCUGUGAGACAUGUAUAGCAGACAGAGGUGAGGGUUAGUGGUGAUGCAGGUUAAUGGGGAUAUGGAUUGUUGAUGUUGAUCAGCAGCAAUGUGCUGUUGGCCGGCUUAUUGGUUGUGUCUGGGGACAGCUUCUGUUUAUCCCUUCAUAUAGCUAGCCUCAUUUACCCUCUCCCCUCUCUCUCCUCUUCCCCAGUCCCUCUCUCCAGUUUGAGGCUGCCUGGGCGUUGACCAACAUAGCAUCAGGGACGUCACAACAGACUCAGGCUGUGGUCAAAUCUAGUAAGUAGUUCCUAGUUCUUAUGUGGCCCAGAUUCAAACUGAGCCACCAGGCAUACAUGAUGUGCCUGUCUAAAUGAGCAAAUCUAUCCAUCUGGUUCCUGGUAUAGAAACACCUGCUCUCAACUGUCUUCCCCAUCUCUCUGUCUCUUGUCUGCCAGACCCUCUCUCUACCUCUCUAACUAAUGUCUCUCUACCUCUGUCUACCUCUCUCUAACUUAUGUCUCUACCUCCAUUUAACGUAUCUCUCUAACUUAUGUCUCUCUACCUCUCUCUGUCUGUCUCUCUCUGUCUCUCUGUCUGUCUCUCUGUCUGUCUGUCUCUCUGUCUCUCUGUCUCUCUGUCUGUCUGUCUGUCUGUCUGUCUGUCUACCUCUCUUGUCUGCAACGUUGUCUAACAUAUCGGUCUGCCUUUCUCUCUACAUGUCCAGAUGCAGUGCCGCUAUUCCUGCGGCUGCUACAAUCUCCUCACCAGAACGUAUGUGAACAGGCCGUGUGGGCGCUAGGCAACAUCAUCGGUGAGUGAUGACACACACACACGUACAUGCACACACACACUGGGCGAUGCCAGUCAGUCACACACACCUGUGUUCUCCCCCUGCAGGCGAUGGACCUCAGUGCAGGGAUUACGUCAUCUCCCUGGGCGUGGUCAAGCCCCUGCUGUCCUUUAUUAACCCCUCCAUCCCCAUCACCUUCCUCCGCAACGUCACCUGGGUCAUCGUCAACCUCUGCCGCAACAAGGACCCACCGCCCCCCAUGGAGACAGUACAGGAGGUAUGACAGACAGACAGACAGACAGACAGAGAGGUGUGUGUGUGUGUGUGUGAGACUCAGCACAGUCAUUCAAUCUAACUGAAUUAUAAUCUUUCCAUAGACUCAGAACGUACCUAUUGUGUCGUCAAUAUUAGCUGAACCCUUUGCCAAACAGCUCUGGCUGUGUUCCAUGUGUUUGGCUGUGAGGGGAAGGCAAUCAGACGAUGGGGGUUUGAUUAGGGAAAGUGGUCUGGGACUUUGUGGGUGCUGCCAAGCAUUCUGCUUCCCUGUUCCCAACCAUCCUCUAGCCCAGUCCUGGAGGUCUGCAGUGUCAGCCUGCUGAAACAGAAAACACCCUGGCGCCUGUCUGUUGAUCUGCUCAAUAGAGUUGCUUCAUUGUACGCCUACACUCAUUAUGCCUGGCUGACUGACACUCUCUCUAUCCUCUCCUCCUCUUCUAGAUUCUACCUGCUCUCUGUGUAUUGAUAUACCACACUGAUAUAAAUGUAAGUAUCACCCUACUAUCACAACAGCAAAGCUAGUUGGUUUGCCAUUUCCUAUGUAAAUUCCCUGGUUAAAACACCCUCCUCUCUCUCUCUGUGUGGUCAGAUCCUAGUGGAUACAGUGUGGGCCUUGUCCUAUCUCACAGAUGGAGGGAACGAACAGAUUCAGAUGGUCAUCGACUCGGGGGUCGUCCCCUUCCUCGUCCCCCUGCUCAGCCACCAAGAGGUCAAAGUUCAGGUAUGUGUCUACUUCCUGUCCCCCGAUUUGGAAGUGGGAUUAGGGCUGUUAUGGUGUCCGUAUUACCGCCACAGCGGCGAUCACAAGUCAUGACCGCAGUCAAAUUCCACGUGACCGUUUAGUCACGGUAAUUAGGCUUCUGAUGCUGCUGAUGGUCAUUAGUAGCCUACCAAACUUGCUAACUGCUUGGUACUCGGCACUCUAUUGUCCCUCUAAUCACUCUGACAUCAAGGCAAAUGUUUUCAAAAAUAAAAUCAAACACUCCAUGAGAGCUCAUGUUAUGCAAUUGCGUGAGAAAACAGAGUGAUGGCCUCUUAAAGAGAGGAGGAUCCAAUCAGCUUUCUAUAGGCUAGGCCUACUAUAUUUAUUUCUCAACUUUCCUAAUAUUAAGCACAUUGCUUCUCUUUACAACAGGAGUAUAGCCUACCUGGCUGGCCUGAAAAUUAACCAUGGGAAAAGUGUCCUCCAUUCGCUAUUUAAGUGCAUAGGUGACAUACACUACUGUUCAAAAGUUUGGGGUCUCAAACUAGACACACUAAUGUAUUUGUCCUCUUGCUCAGUUGUGCACUGGGGCCUCCCACUCCUAUUUCUAUUCUGGUUAGAGCCAGUUUGCGCUGUUCUGUGAAGGGAGUAGUACACAGCAUUGUACGAGAUCUUCAGAUUCUUGGCAAUUUCUCGCAUGGAAUAGCCUUCAUUUCUCAGAACAAGAAUAGACUGACGAGUUUCAGAAGAAAGUUAUUUGUUUCUAGCCAUUUUGAGCCUGUAAUCGAACCCACAAUUGCUGAUGCUCCAGAUACUCAACUAGUCUCAAGAAGGCCAGUUUUAUUGCUUCUUUAAUCAGCACAACAGUUUUCAGCUGUGCUAAUAUAUAAUUGCAAAAGGGUUUUCUAAUGAUCAAUUUUCUUCAUAUCAUGUUUCUUUAGACCUGUCUAAAAUAAAUAAUGGAUUUAUUGUGAUGGUGUAGGCUAUAUUAAAUGGAUUUAUUAGAUGUUCCAAAGGUCUGCAUCAGUGGCUUGUAGGCUAUGCGUGGAAGCCAGAUGUAAAUGUGUUUGUUAAUUAAUGGUAGAUUACCGUGAGACCGGCAGUUAUUUGCUUAACAAUCACCGGCUAACAAAAUGUCAUGACCGCCACAGCCCUAAGUAGGAUGAAGUCACCCCUACUCUGAUCUAAGGUCAGUUUUCUGUUUUCCCUCUAAUGGUUGAGGUUAGGAUUGUGGGAAGGGUAAGCUGAUCCUAGAUCUGUGCCUAUGGGCAAUAUACCUGGAAUUUACUGUACGGAAUGUGUGUGACUUCCUGUGAUGUCAUUAACCACCUGUGAUGUCAUAUCCUAUAGACUGCAGCUCUGAGGGCAGUGGGGAACAUUGUGACGGGGACAGACGAGCAGACGCAGGUGGUGCUCAACUGUGACGUCCUCUCGCACUUCCCCAACCUGCUCACUCACCCCAAGGAGAAGAUCAACAAGGUAACAGGCACACUUGUAGAUGCUAUUGGUGGCAUAUGUUUGUUUUGCUGUAACUAAGUACUGUUGAAAUGGGAUGGACCCCAGUGUUGUUUAUUUCCAAGAGUAUCUAUACCUCUGUGUAACGGUCUCAGUCGUACUCAUGUGAUCCAUGGUGUGCGUGUCUGUGGGUUUCUCUCAGCUGAAUGGCUUCCUGUGUGUGUGUGUAUCCCUCCCGUCCACUAGGAGGCGGUGUGGUUCCUGUCCAACAUCACAGCAGGCAACCAGCAGCAGGUGCAGGCCGUCAUCGACGCUGGCCUGCUGCCCAUGAUCAUCCACCAGCUGGCUAAGGUGAGUCACUGAGCCCUUAUGUAGCCCCUAUGCAGCCCUACAAAGCAUUAUGUAGCCCCUAUGCAGCCCUGCAAAGCAUUAUGUAGCCCCUAUGCAGCCCUGCAAAGCAUUAUGUAGCCCCUAUGCAGCCCUACAAAGCAUUAUGUAGCCCCUAUGCAGCCUUACGAAGUAUUAUGUAGCCCCUAUGCAGCCUAACGAAGUAUUAUGUAGCCCCUAUGCAGCCCUAUAAAGCAUUAUGUAGCCCCUAUGCAGCCUUACGAAGUAUUAUGUAGCACCUAUGCAACCUUACGAAGCAUUAUGUAGCCCCUAUGCAGCCCUACGAAGCAUUAUGUAGCCCCUAUGCAGCCCUAUGAAGCAUUAUGGAGCCCCUAUGCAGCCCUACAAAGCAUUAUGUAGCCCCUGUGCAGCCUUACAAAUCAUUAUGUAGCCCUACAAAGCAUUAUGUAGCCCUACGAAGCAUUAUGUAGCCCCUAUGCAGCCCUACGAAGCAUUAUGUAGCCCCUAUGCAGCCCUACGAAGCAUUAUGUAGCCCUUAUGCAGCCGUACAAAGCAUUAUGUAGCCCCUAUGCAGCCGUACAAAGCAUUAUGCAGCCCUACAAAGUAUUAUGUAGCCCCAUGUCCUUGUGGAGAUCUGUUAGGAACACUACCCUAACCACUGACAACCUCUCUCUGUGUUUCUGUCUGCAGGGAGACUUUGGCACACAGAAGGAGGCAGCUUGGGCCAUCAGCAACUUGACAAUAAGUGGAAGGAAAGAUCAGGUAUGUUUUACCAGGGCUAUUUCCAUCAAUACCCAAUCCAUACAGUGUUAUGUUUUGUAUGGUCCUGAUUGGCUAGUCUGGUUUACCUGUCUGUAGGCAAAGCAAGGCCCUGAUUGGCUGAUCUGCUAUGUUCUACCCGACCCUAUAGGUGGAGUACCUGGUGCAGCAGAAUGUGGUUCCUCCGUUCUGCAGCCUGCUGUCUGUGAAGGACUCCCAGGUGGUCCAGGUGGUCCUAGACGGCCUCAAGAACGUCCUCAUCAUGGCCGGGGACGAGGCCAGCACCAUCGCUGAGAUCAUAGAGGAGUGUGGAGGUAAGUGUGUUGGAGAGUGCUUGUGUGUCAAUUCACCAUGUUGCCAUUCUAUGACAGUGUAAUGUUGCUACUGUGCAGCACACAUUCUAGAUUGAUUCACUGUGAUUGACUUUCAUGUUAAUUCCUCUCUGCCUGUCAGGUCUAGAGAAGAUCGAGAACCUUCAGCAGCAUGAAAACGAGGACAUCUACAAACUAGCCUUCGAGAUCAUCGACCAGUACUUCUCAGGAGACGAUGUGAGUACCUCUGCUCUGACAGAAGCCCUCCAGUUUGCACACGGUUAGAACCCGGCGCUGUCCUGACAGUGCUGUGCUGGGUGUAGGAUGUGUGCUACAGAAACACAGGGCCUUUUCCUCCCCUUCCUCUAUCAAUGGGGUAAGACGGAGGAAUUGGCUAUAGGCCUUGUUACAUAAUUCUAUAUGAAAUCUCAUGAGAAAUGCUCCUAUGUUUUCUGUAGUGACAAUGGAUAUAGUCUCCACUCCCGGUGUGUUGGUUCAUCUAUGGCACCACCCUGAUCCAUUUAUUUUCCCUCUCUCUUUUUAGAUCGACGAGGAUCCUAGCUUGAUCCCCGAAGCCACUCAGGGCGGAACCUUCAACUUUGACCCCGCCACCAACCUGCAAACCAAGGAGUUCAAGUUUUAAAGGCAAACCUCCACCUAGUAUGUCUAACUCUCUAGCUGCUCCGCACCCUCCAGUCACCUCCUUCCCAACAUCAAUCACUCACUCACUAACAACAACAACAGUUCAAGCACUGAAGGAAGGAAGGAAGGAUCAUUAUUAUCCAUCUCUUUUCAAGCGUCUCACAGCGAUGCUUCUAAAUGUUCCAGAAAGAAAACAACACGCCUCGUCUGUCAUUCCUGCAGUUGCCAGAAAGUUGCUAUUGUCCUCUCUUUCUUACUCCGACACACACACACACACACACA